UUUACCUUGGGUCCCUCCUGCCUCACGGUCGUCGGCUGCAGCGUCGCCUUUAUUUAUCAUUUCGAGAUGGGGAUUGGACACAAGCAUGUCCAGUUUGUUGGGAGAACGGUCUUGGUGCGAAAUAAUAACAUUGAGGAAGGAAUGAGAGUUGUUAAUCGGAUAAUGGGACGAGAGGGUCUUUUUGAACAGUACAGAUUAACCAGAUAUUAUGAGAAGCCAUUCCAGACCCGUCGUCGCAUCAACUUUGAGAAGGCAAAAGCGAUAUACAAUGAAGACAUGAACAGGAAGAUCCAAUUUGUGAUGAGGAAAAACCGCCUGAACCCAUGGAUUGGAUGUGCAUGAGUUUACCUUUAUAAUUUUGUAAAUAUAUUAUAUCAGUGAA